CAGCAGCAUCUCGAUCUUCCCUUGCAUUGAAAACAUACUUUUAGGUCAACCCUAAAAAAAGUGAGAGUGUUCCAAAUAAAAGACAUAGUUCCAGUUACUUGAGACAUAGUGCCCUCCCUGUUGCUCUAACGCCAAACGUCCAGUGCGCCCUUUACACACACUGACAAAGGAAAGAUUAUCAACGAAGCUUAAUUGAACGAAGCACGCUUGCCGGGGUCUGUUUGGUCUUGUAUUCACGUACACAGCCCACUAGCUAUCUUGCUCUUGGCAGGGACCGAUAAACCGUUCGCUGGCGUGGAGUCAAUCAAACACUUCGCACACUUCCCGGCAGACAGGCCUCGCAGCCAAAGUCCUCCACAUUCCUGUGUAAACAUUCGCGCGAACCGUUCACGCCGCACCGCGCUCUGCUUAUCAGUCCAAACGCCGGAAAGAUUGUGCCGUCCGUGAAUUGCGAAAACAGAUGUUGAGCACAGUGGCGUCCUGAGCGUGUCGAAGUGUAGAGUGUUGAGUGGUUCGGGCUUACCACACAGUCGAUUCGGAAUCACCACAGUGCCAUUACAACAGGCGCAGAAGCGACGUAAACCCCAGCAGUGGUGCACUUCUCACAGUAUGAACUGGUGAUUUCGCGACAACAACGCGCCUCGUAGAAUAGCAACGAAAAUCUCCACCAUAAUGGGUACCGAUACAACCAUUGCGAUCGAGCGCACUAAGACGCCUUCGACUCCUCCAACGACACUCGAGUUCCAGGACAUCUGCUACCAGGUGCGCCAUAAGGAUGGACAGAACAAGCAACUGCUGAAUAGUGUGUCCGGCGCGUUCCAUUCUGGAAGGCUUGCCGGUAUACUCGGUCCUUCUGGGGCCGGAAAGUCUACUCUUCUUAACAUUUUGAGUGGAUUCAAAACAAAUAACGUCUCCGGCAACAUACUCAUCAACGGUACACCGAUCGAUCGCCGGAAAUAUCGUCGCGAGGUUUCGUACACACCGCAGGACAUAUGCCUGCUCGGUAACAUAACCGUCACGGAAAGUUUGGAGUUUGCAGCCGACCUGAAACUCUCACCCACCACCACGAUUGCCCAAAAAUCGGCGAUGGUAGUGGACGUCCUGAAGCUGCUCGGUCUCUCCAAAUGUGCCCACAACCCGGUAGCAAACAUAUCCGGCGGUGAAAAGAAGCGUCUCUCGAUCGGGCUAGAACUGAUCUCCAACCCAUCGAUCAUGUUCUUCGACGAGCCAACGAGCGGGCUGGACAUUAUAGCGGCGAUGCAGGUCGUUGCCCAUCUUAAAGAUCUGGCCGCCAGUGGACGCUGUGUGAUCUGCGUCAUCCACCAGCCCAGCUCGAGCAUUCUGCAGAUGUUUGACGAUCUGUUCGUCCUGUCCGAGGGACACUGUCUGUACCGGGGCCCGCUGGAUGGGCUUGUCGACACGUUUAAGGCGUGCGGGUUCGAGUGUCCCAACUAUUACAACCGCGCAGACUUUGCACUGGAAAUUGCAAGCCUCAAGCACGAGGGGAACUUGCUGCAGCUAAGAGAGCGUGCCAAGCAGCAGGCGAUCGAAGCGGUCGGCGAGAAAGUUGUCCCAAAUGAUGGACCGAACUGUGGCGAGAAAGAUGCCAUGUUGAUGCCACCGGGAGUUGUUGGAGAUCAGGAGAAUAGCACAAGCUCAGCUUCAGACCGUCAAUAUCUAACUUCUGAAUGGGGGCAGUUUGUCACGCUGACUCGUCGUACAAUGCUGUGCACAUUUCGUGAUCUUCAACUAACGAAGAUGCGGCUGCUGGCCCAUUUGUUUGUGGGAUUGUUGAUCGCGGUCGUGUUUUACGACGUCGGUAACGAUGGAUCGAAGAUGCUGAGCAAUGCGUCUUGCUUGUUCUUUUUCCUCAUUUUUGUAUUCUUCGCCAACUCGAUGCCUUUAGUAAUGACGUUCCCUCUGGAGACGUCUGUGUUUGUUCGGGAGAGAAUGAACAACUGGUACUCACUUAAGGCCUAUUACUUCUCCAAGCUAGUGGCGGACUUUCCAUUUCUGAUACUGGGUCCAUCCGUAUUCCUUGCCGGUGCUUACUACCUAACCUCCCAACCAAUGGAGCUCGAUCGCAUCUUAAUGCUGUGGAGUAUCUGUAUCUUCACCAGCUGGAUCGCCCAGAUGACGGGACUGCUGGCGGGCAGUGUGCUACCACUCGAGCUGAGCGUCUUCUGCGUCCCCUGUUCCGUCAUUCCGAUGCUAAUCUUUUGCGGGUUUUUUGUUCGCUUCCGUGAGAUGUUUGACUUUCUCAUUCCGUUCACGUACGUUGCCUACUUCCGGUACAGCUUCGAGGGAGCGAUGCAAGCGAUCUACGGGUUCGAUCGUGCGAAUCUACCCUGCUCGGGUGAUUUCUGCUACUUUAGCAAGGUGCCCAAGUUUCUGGACAGCUUCGACAUGCUGGAAAACACGUUCGUGAUGGACGUUUGCGGGCUGCUCGGGUGGAUCUUUGUGCUGCACGUGGGACUGUACGCGAGUCUCGCGUGGAGACUGAAGCGAACUCGAUGA